AUGAGUAGACCAAUCCUUGUACAAAUUACGGCUGUUUUCUACCCUGUUCUCGUGGCGUUCGGGGUUCCAGCAAAUUUACUGACGGUCGCGAUUGUGAUCCGGGGAAGGUGCGGACUCUCCAAAUGCAUCAGCCGCUACCUGUUGUCCAUGGCACUCGCCGACCUCAUGGUCCUGAUCGUUAACGUCACUCUCGAAUUCAUUAAGUCCAUGUACUUCCCAGGGUCACUCCUGGACAUUACUCCAGUCUGCAGCAUCAUCUUCUACCUGGGUGUGGUGACCAUUGACUGUUCUGUCUGGUUUACUGUUCUCUUCACCUUCGAUAGGUUUAUCGCUAUUUGUUUCCAGAAUUUUAAAGCGAAAUACUGUACCGAGAAAACCGCGACUGUGAUUAUAGCGUCAGUGUGUGUGAUCAGCCUUGCACUGAACGUUGGUUUUUGCUUUAUAUUUGAACCGGCAAAAGUAAUUGACAAUAUACCAAUGUUCUGUGUUGUAAAAUCCACCUUCUACACAUCGCCUCUCUGGGCGGCUUAUUACUGGCUGCGGGUAGCAUUGACCCCGUUGGUUCCGUUUGUGUUGAUCGCGCUGCUCAACGCUCUGACCAUCAGACACAUCACCCGGGCCAGCAGAGUCAGGAGGGAACUCCGGGGCAGCGGGAAGGGCGAGAGUCACAGUGACUCUGAGAUGGAGAACCGAAGGAAAUCCAUCGUUUUACUGCUCGCCAUCUCGGGCAGCUUCAUCCUGUUGUGGGCGGUGAAUGUGGUGCAUAAAACCUGCAUCAGUAUCGCCGCUACUACUUCCUACCUGAGACACAUCACCGACACCAUCACAAUCAUUCGCAUGACGGGAAACAUGCUGCAGUCUUUGAGCUCCUGCACCAACACGGUGAUUUACGCGGUGGCGCAGACCAAGUUCAGAGCUGAGAUGGUGAACCUGAUUAAAUUUCCUUUUGAUCUGAUGCAUACUCUAAUUAAACUCUGUGUGAAGAAAUAA